ACCGUAUGACGUCACAUGAGCUCGGUGCGCAGCGGGCUGUCUGCAGUCUGUGAACAGAAAUAAGUCCGAGUCCGAGUGCUGCAGUGAGAGUCGCGCGUGAUGAACACACCCUGCUGCAGCCUGCAGAGCAUCCUCACUCACACGCACACACAUAUAGACAGGUCUGAUACACACCUGCACGGAGCGGACAUCACAGUAGACGGACAGCUGCAGAAACCUCAUCAGGCUGGUUGACCUGGAACACACCCCCUCAGCUUCAGCAGGCUCUGAACUCUGAAUCAGGAUGUCUCAGGAUGACAAAGACCCGAUGCCUGUCACGGGGAAUCUCUCCCCGAGACAGCUGCAGAGUCUGGUCAAGAUGGAGCCCAAGACUCUGGGAGCAAUCCAGGUGGUCAUCGGAGGUCUGAUUCUGUGUCUGAGUGCGUCUGUGCUGCAGGUCCAUGAGGUCCACUUCACAGGAGACAUCGCUCUCUUCCUCGUCGUGGUCAUACAGGUGACUCUGUCUGGCUCAGUGUUGAUCCAUGCUGGGAGGAGACCAACUCUGUUCUGGGUGAAAUGUCUCCUGAUCCUUCACCUCAUCAGCGCUGCGUUCGCCACAGCCGCUCUGGGUCUGAUGUCCAAACACCUGCCCUACCGCCAGGACUCGUACCACUGUGAACACUGCCGCAGGCUGGAGCUGCAUGCCGUGCAACAUUGUUUCAGGAAAUGCACCGGGCUGAUCGAGCAAAAGUGUAAACUGUUGAUCGACGGGAUCCUUGGGACGCUGGUGAUCUUCCUGGUCCUGGAGCUGCUGAUCUGUAUCACCGUCAUGCUGUUUGGGCUGAGUGUCCUCGCUGCAGGGGGAACCAGGACUCCAAGCCAGCGACCUACCUAUCCAAAGAGUGCCCCCCCAGCUGCCACACCUGCUCCACUUGCUCAGGCCAUCCCAGAGGUGUAUGUUGCUCCAGCUGCAGCCGAGCCAUCUCAGCAGGUAGAAGUGGUUGUGACUGAACCAGACUCAGACCAGGUGGAGGACAUCUCAACCCCGCCCACUGAACCACAGGUGGAGCCCAUAGAAGACGCAGACACAAACCCUUGAACCACACACACACACACACAUACACAUACUGCUCUCUGUAGUCAUGUCAUGUCAAUCAGAGUGCAAAUCCAGACAACAUUCACUGUAUUUUAUCAGCCGCCAUUUUCAGCAUUAAACCGUGUUCUUGCUAGCAUUAUGUUAGCUACCCGACAUGUCACUUUCUAACAAUAUGCUAACGAAGCAUUUAGGUCUCUGCUGUUAUCACUAUAUCACUACCACCAAGUUAUAUUAGCCUUAACCACUUCCUUGCUAAUGUAAAUAUGAACCAGUUAUACUGAAUACUAAUGUUAGCUGUUGUCCCCAGAUCUAAAUUAUCCAGACUCAAGUAAUUUGCUUGAGUUACCCGGCCUCAUCUGUACACCUGUACACAAAAAGAUGACUGAAAGCUGGAUGGGCUGUGGUUUUUUAUUCCACUACAACAGACGGCUGGCUCAGUCCAACCAUGCAUCAGUCCUUACACGAGUUUGACCGUGCGUUUGAUCAAUGACGAUUAGGCUCUGGAAAAUGUCUGCCUCCAAACAGCUUACUUCCCUGAUGACCCCAAAAAAUGAGCUAAUCACCAAAGGUUAAAAACGGGUUUGAGUCUUCUGAAUUUAUUUUCCUUUAAGAAGAAAAAAAUUUAACUAAAAAAACACUAGUCAAAUUUUGUGUGAAAAAAGUCAAUGUUUUCAUUUUCAGGCCAUAUCGCCAAGCCCUACUUUGAUGCUAUAAAAAGGGCUAUAACACCAUGAUUGACAGCUCUGUCAACCAAUGAGGCUCCUGCAUCGCUGUGUGCACCGGAUUAUCAGAGUAGAGGAGGAAAGGUGAGAGGAAAUGUAAUAAACGCUAACAGAAGAGUCAUUAAACUUUCCAUAACUGAGGGAGCAACAGCACUUUAGCAACAACGUAGAUGUGGGUUUGUUAGAGGAAGUGGCAGGAUGUCAAUUCUGUUACUUCUACACAGGCUCUGACUACAAAUAGCAGGGGGGGUAAUCUGGCCUUACUUUUGUACAUCAGCAGGAGGUGAGAACAGGUCAUCCAUCUGUCAGUGUUCACUGUAACAUGAAAUAAAUUUGAGUUUUCCUGCAACAUCAGAGUGGCUGCUGUGUGAAUAUGUUGUUCUGUCAGCCUCCUGCUUAUCAUUGAUGGGAAAAACCAGGUGAUGGCAGCAAUAUGAGGUAAAACUAAAACCCGAAACGGUCAAAAUGAAAAAUCUGUUUUUUUACUCUGCUGACAUGACAUGAACACGAAGCCUGACUUAUGGAACAUAAAGAUGAUGUUAUGAUAUGGUACAGUGUUACUGUAGAUGUUGAUUUACAGUAUAUCUCACUUUAAAAUCAUGUAAAGACAAAUAAAGCUAACAGAGAGUGCUUUGAGACAGCCACAGGAAAGUAGUUUAUCCCUAUUAGAGUAUAUAGGUUAUAUUUAGGUCACUUAUACUGUGUGCACUAUUUGUACUCUUCUCACAGAAGGCAGAUUUAACAUGUAACCUGGUGCUGUUCAGCCUUUAAUGUCUUAAUCCUGUAUUGCCUAAAACACAUUUGACUGUUGAAAUACUCUUUAUUGUUCUUGUCUGGUAAUAAAAUGAACCUUUUUUGAGUUGAUGAUAUUAUAAACUCAUCUUAAGGCCAUGUCAAAGUAUUAAAGCAACUGAUCUACUAUCAGACAGGUGCUGCUAAUAUUUCAGACCUGUGAUUUUAAGAUAAGAAACUUAAAGGGCCUUACUCAUAGAGCAUAGGUGUGCUGAUUCCCCUGGUAAAACAAAAGUUAACAAAGUGAUUCGAUCAGACAUGAUGAUUGUGUCUGAAUGGGUUGUAAAUUGUAAAUAUUAAAUAUUUACUGUCAUCAUUUAUGACCAUUACAACCUUGGUGCACAUUGAAUCUGAGAAUAGGUUGGGCCAUGAGGUAUUCACCAAGUGGAUCCAUCAUGUCAUGGGAGAAGGAGGACAUAUCAGCUGCAUUUGAAGAAGCCUUCAGAAUCAGACAGCCUUGUCAAGCCUCUGUGAUGCCGCGUUACAAUGAGUGCUCUGAGGGGUGCAGCAAGUGAAGUUGGACACAGCUUCUAAAACAUGGAUGCAGUCUCAGUUAUGUCAACUAUUGGUUUCUGAAAGGGCUUCUCAGUGCUCUAAGAUUCUGCAGAAUGAGGAGGGGUAGGAGGGCAUGUAGUCCAUCAUCUGGACAAUCAAAGUGAAAUAAAUGAAUCAAUAUAUCAACCAUUUGAACGUGGAGGCAAUGAGUUAACCACUGAAUGUUGUGGUUAAAAAAUAUCAGCUCAAUACGGCAAGAUAAUAUCAACUAAUAAUGAAUAUUAAUUUUAUAAAACAUGAUUUUUUUUUAGACAACAGGCUAAUGAAACUUGCAGCUAGGCUUGCAUCUUAAUGAAACCUCUCCUGUGUUAGACAUGACUGCAUUUUUUUAAUCUCAUUACUAAAACAGUCCCCUCUCUAUGGCAUAAUCAUGUUAUUUUUACUUUGUGAAGUGUAGUCUAACCUAUGGACCUGCAGCUACUGUAGCACUAUGGAAAAUAUCAGAGUAAUGCUACUGUAGUAAUACAGUCCACAUAUUUUCUCCAUGUUCCUUGUAAACACUCAUUCUUCAUCAGAUCAGAAGAGUUGGGACUUAGUCUAAGCCACAGAUAGUUUCCUGUGUCAGAUGUGAUCACACUGUUUUCCUGUUCUGCAGUGUCAUUGUUUUUGGAAAGCACAGAACGGCAUGAUUAACUGUAAAUGAAUGUAUUUAAAUCACAGUUAUUAAAGUUACUGAAAAAACA